GAAUAAUUCAGUAAUCUGUUUCCUAACAAUAUUUAUUAUUUAUAAACUUGUAAUGUUGAGUACAAAAACCUUACGCUUUAUUCCCUUUCAAUUCAUACGACGCAGACUAAUACUAUACACAGCGAAACGAGCGGGAGUAUGUAACCAUAACGAUGAGGAAAGUUGCGAUAUUGACAAAUACCUGGAAACGGGUUUCCUGUUAUCAGAGAAGAACAAAUUACGAGCUAUGCAAUGUAUGCGAACACCACCACCCAUUGGGUUAAGGUUGGGGAAGACGACAAACGAAACGUCAUUUGCUGCUGUUCUGAUUUGUCUCUGCACGGAUGAAAGGGAUGAGGUAUCAAUCCUGUACACCCGGCGCUCCAGUCGACUUUCUCGUCAUAGUCGACAAAUAUCUUUUCCUGGUGGAAUAAUGGAUCCGGACGAUGCUGACUUCAUAGAUUGUGCGUUACGUGAAGCAGAGGAAGAAAUUGGAUUGUCUCGUAGACGCAUACAUGUCUGGGGAUCAGGUACUAUUAUAAAACCUCGACAUACUGCUGCUAUAAUGCCUGUUGUUGCCGUUGUGAAUAAUUUUAAUUUGAAAGAGUUGAAACUCAACGAGGACGAAGUAGAGGAGGCAUUGCUCAUGCCCCUCAAAGAGCUGGUGCAUCCUAAAACCUUGAGGCAUACACAGUUCAGGGGUGGUUGGAGUACCCCCAAUUUUGUGAUUGGCCAUAAUAAAGUGUGGGGCAUUACAGGCUUCAUAACAAAUACUUUUCUCCAGUGCCUGAUUCCAAUAGAUUUAAAAAGACUUAAACAUCAUGCCAAAUACAUUCGCCCUUUUAAGAUAAAAAAAUAAUCAAAUAAACGAACAACUCUGUAUAUAUCAUCACUUAUAUUAUUAAGUAAUAUUUUUGCACUAGGAAAACGAAUUUAAAAUGUAUGUAAAUAAAUGCAAUAGCGAAAUAAAUCAAUGCUAGAAAAAUGGAAAGGUGGUUGUGCCUAAUUGUUUUCUGCGUUUGCUGCAAUCAUUCCAUAGCAAAUAUUUAAAUACUAAUCACGUUCAGCGAAAAUAGUAGAAAAUCGAAGUUAGAGGUUUAGAAUAUAUUUACAAGGUAGGCAUGCUGAAACUGAGUAGAAAGUGAAAUUAAGAUUUUUUUUGUAUAAAAAGCCUGUUUAUUGUCAUAAGUUACCCUGAAAAUACCUUUGAGAGGUUUUUGAGAGCUCAAGUUUGCCCAUUCCCUUCAAAUUGAAACCUAUCUACUAUUAUUACCUUAUUAUCCCCUCUUAUUUAAAGGUCAAGUAUGAGAGCCGAGAAUCGGCAUAGACACGAGCUGUCCCCAAGCUUCUGGGGCUUGUUCGUGGUAUGUAAUAAAUACUAAGCUUUUAUUUUUCUGAUGCUCAUUACAUACUUAUUUUGCAUAGAUAGGUGAUGGUAAAUACUUAAAAAAAUAAUGUAGUUUUCUAAAAAUAUUUUCAUUGAUUUGGCGGUAAUUUACUAUUGAAAAUGACGACGAAAAUAAUGAAGCAAUCAUGCAAACAAAAUUUUUAAGAUGCAGAUUUUAAGUCCUGUGCGCAGCAAUGGCCGAAUUUUGGGCAACUGGAAAGCUACACUUUUGAUAGAAUUAAAGUUAUUCUAACUUCACAUCGAACGUCAUACGUCAAAAAAUCAUGGGACACAGCGGUUGUGAUUGCUACUCGAUUGUUCCUCACGAAACCACUGGUAAUAUUACGUUUGCCUAAAUUCUCAACAAAAAGAAAAAGAUGUUAACAUCCUUGAUGAUUUUGUCCUGAUGACCGAUAGUUUUAUUAACCGCCUCUUCUUAUACCGGUUAACUAUGGUGCGUAUUCUAAGAGAAGUAAUCCAUGGGAUCGCAGCAAUGAUUUCCUAUGAGCUCGUACGGGUAUGAUUUUAGUGAGGGGUGUGUUUUGUCUGGCGCUGGAUAAUGCUUCAUUGCCACUACGUACUAUCUCUUCGUGCGUUCGCCUUCUCUUAAUGGCCCUGGUAAGCCUUUUUAGUGGUGAGGGUGUUUUCCUGCAGUUUCUAGGUGGACCAAAGGGCAAUAGUUGGCAAACAAGUUAAAGUUGUAUUUAUUCUAAGCUAAGGAUUUUAUUUAUCGCGAAAUUCGACCUGCUUGCUGAGCUUCUGCUUCCGCUAGUCGCCUCCAUGAGUUAGAUGGCCUACCACAUCUCCGACUGCCUUUCGGUAUAAUCUAAUUUUUCACAAUACUUGCCAUCACCAAGUAGGUGUCGCU